ACUCACCCCAUAAAUACCUCAUCGCCCCCCAUGUCUCCGCUCCGCUCUCCCUCCUCCUCUCUUCUCCGAUGCAUCCUUGCAUCCCAUUCUCCUUCCGCUCCACGGCGGAGCACGACACUGCGACACCGCAGCCCCGACCCCUCCGCCUCGCCGUCUCCACCGUCUCCUCCUCCUCCUCAUCUGACGCCCCCGCUGCCGUCGUAUUUGACGAUGCCGCCUCCAUCGUCACCCUCCCCUCUCUCCCCUCCCUCCAAUCCAGCGUUCCCAUCUCCGGUUACCUCAAUACGACGCCCCCUUCGGCCUUCCACUUCUGCCUCGCUUCUUUGAAGCCACUUCGCCCCACCUCCUCCGCAGCGGCGCUCGCCGUCUCGGCCGCCGCCUCCCUCCUCUACUCUGCCUCGGAUUCGGAGAUCACGGUCUUCGAUCUGGUCACCGUCCGCCAGGUCGAGACCUUCGACGCCGUGCCGUCCGCCGGUUCUGUCAAGUCCGUCGCCUUGUCCUCGGCGGGCAAGCUCUUCACGGCCCACCAGGACGGCCGCAUCCGCGUGUGGUGCCGGUCGGAACGCUCCGGAAGGCACCGCCUCAACGCCACACUACCCACCGCCGUCGACCGCCUCCUCCGCUUUCCCCUCCCGGGCAACUACGUAGCCGUCCGCCGCCACAAGAAGCUCCUGUGGAUCGAGCACGCCGACGCCGUCUCCGCCGUCGCCGCCCGCGGAGACCUGCUCUACUCCGUGUCGUGGGACAAGACUCUCAAGGUCUGGCGCGCCGCAGGCGACCUACGCUGCCUGGAGUCCGUCCCGGCCCACGAGGACGCGGUGAACGCCGUGGCCGUGGCCGUGGCCGGUGACGGCACGGUGUACACGGGGUCGGCAGACGGGAAGAUCCGAGUAUGGGCCCGCUCCCCACCGGAGGAGGGGCGGGGCCGGAGGCGGCGGCACACCCAGCACGGACUGGUGGCGACGCUGGAGCGGCACCGGUCGGCGGUGAACGCGCUGGCUCUGAGCGGCGACGGGGCGGUCCUGUACUCGGGAGCUUGCGACCGCUCGAUCCUGGUGUGGGAGCGGGAGGAGUCGGCAGACCACAUGGCUGUGGCCGGGGCGCUGCGUGGGCACGGGAAGGCCAUCAUGUGCCUGGCGUGCGUCGGGGACGUGCUCUUCAGCGGCAGCAGCGAUCGGACGGUCAGGAUCUGGCGGAAGGAAGGCGAAGGCAAGGGUUACAGUUGCCUGGGCGUGAUGGAGGGGCACGCGACCGGUGUGAGGUCGCUCGUCGCGGUUACGGUUCCGGUGCCGGCGCCCGCCGAGCUCCAUCCCGAGCCCGAGGAGGAGGAGUAUCGGGUCUGCAGUGGGAGCUUGGACGGGGAGGUGAGGGUUUGGCGGGUUCGGAUUCCCAUUACUCAACGAUCCGAUUCAAAAUAAAGAUUCUGUAGAACCCAAAAUAAAGGAAAGAAAACAAAUGGAAAGUUUGCAGUUUGCGUCCCCUCCCCCGGCUUUAUUCUUUUGUUGCUGACCAUGGAAGGUUCUUGAUGCCAAUUUUAUGUACUCAGUAAGCUUGUACGCCAUCAUGUUUCCAUGAUGGCUUCAGCUGUAAAGGAAGGAACAAGACAUGGUCCAUAGCACUGGACCAACGAUCCCUACAACUGUGAAAGCCAGUAUGCUGGACGGGAACUGGGAGUGCUGUUUGAAAUCUUGGGUGACUCCAAUAGUGAACAAAAAAAAGUCAAACAUGGAGAUCAUGUUCUCACCCUCUGUAUCAAUUUGUUCAUGAUGAUGAACACUUAAGACUAACACUGGAGUAUCUGAGUGCUUGCGUUGCAGAUGGAGCAUGAAUCUGGUGUAACGCGACUGCAUCUGAUAUCCAAGUGGGCUUUGGCAAUUGUUGGCAGUGGCAGGUAGUCCUACUGAUCCUUGAAUGAAACCUUUUUGGAAUGCUGUAGUUUCUUAUAAAUCCACCAUUUAAAUGCUUGCUGCCCAGCAAACUCAACUAAUAAACCUGUCUUUAGUUAAUUUAGAUUCUUAACAGAAAGCAUGUUAGCUGAAACAUAUAUUUUGAGACAAGUUGAUGGAAUCCUGUUCUGGAUCAGUCAAUCAAUCGAGUUAAAGGUCUAACUUGAUUGGAAUCUGAAAGAGGAUUUUAAAAGCUGCUGCACUUAAAUCAGGUGCAACUUUGCUGAUUCAUGUUAUGAUAUGCUGAGGCAGUCUGGAUCUCCUUGCACAUUUUAAACAACCAGUAAAGCUGGAAGAAGACAGAUCAGGAGUCAGUGUCAAUUAAGUUACUGUGGUUUGACAAAUCUGGAAGCCUAGUUGAUUCAACUCUCGGUACUCAUUUUGAGUCUUCCAACAUGUUAACAUUUACAACCUGUUCCAACAGAUCAUAGAUGCAAGAUAGAUGUAGGAGAUGAGGAAAUGUUUGGUCUUUUUGAUGUCCACUUGCCUAGUUAAAUGCCCUCCCUAUCGCAACACUAUUAACUCAAGCCAUAAGCAAGUUGAUUAUGUUGAAUAAAAGCAUUAGAACUGAGGAUUGAAGAAUGCAUAAAAAAACAUGACAAUAUAUACUCUAAAACGAUUUACAUAUGUAUAUUUAUUCAUUAUAUGUGCAGUAUAUAUCUGCAAACUGUUAACUGAUGAUAAAAAACUAGUGGUGAAUAUAGUCAUGGAACUAAUCAACUUGCUUGUACUUAAAAGGAGAGGGCAGUCUGUCAAAUCUGUGUCAGGCAACACCUUAGAUAUGUAGGUCAUGAAACAGAUUUAAAUGUUUUCAGCUUUUUUUUUCUAUCAUGACCAGCUCUUCCACAGUUUUAGCUGAACAGAUUGCUUUCAUGCUACUAAAGGAUAUCAUAUGGUGCAGACUUAUCUGGGAAAGGUGACCCCAUAUUUGUAAUCUUGAAGUAGUGAUGCAAUUAUCUAAAGCUAAACUUCUCUGCUUCCUUGCUGCUUUCACUUUUAUGUUCAACCCAUGGAAUCAAGGACAAGCUAAUUUCCUACGUAGAAAUUGUAGCAGAAGAAUGAUUAUAUAGCAUACUUUGCGACAUGGUCAACUUAUGCAUAUUAUCUUCUUGGCUGUCAUCAUUUGUAUGAAGAUGAACCGUAGUGUGGGAUAUGGCCUUAGCUUUUGUAAGUAGACAUCUUUCUCAAACAACACAUAAGAAAAAAAGGAAAAGAAGACCCAGCUUAUCUAAAUGAGAACUUCACAUAUUGAUGAAUCUGAAUCUACAUUUUUAGCUGAUCAUGAAAUCUUAUGAUGAGUGAGUCAUAAAUUUUACGCAUUAGUGACAACUCUGGAGUGCGAGUUGCCCAACUUGCUCUGCAGCCAUCUUUUGGGACCAAUAGAAGGAAGAGCCACUACAACUGCUUCUUCAAGAUUUUGCAGUCUCAUCCAUAACUUGAGGUCAUCACUUCUAUCACCAUGAGUUCAUCUUUUCUGUUCUUUUGCCACCAAGGUCUUGGUUAUCUUGGAAAGUUUUCUUCCAGCUAAAGCUGCAGUAAGACUUUUGGUUGCAGAGAGAAAAAGCAUGGCCACUUGACCACUCUUGUCUGCACGAUGACAACAAUUAAAAAAGGAAGCUUGAUAGACGAGUUGAUGUUAUAUUGCUAUAGAACAAUUUGAAUACCGUGAAUGGGAAUACAAGAAGUCAUUGCUAUGAUAUUGCCCGUAGAUUCCCGAAUUCUUCUUCUGCUUUUCUGAGAUGCAUCGGCAUAUGUAUCUCUACUAUUUCCAGUAAUUGCUCUUUGUUCUCUUUCAACAUCAGCAUUCGAGUGAUUGGAUCAAUGGUUUCAGGAACCAUAAGAUUCUAAUGCAGGUACGGAACAUCGAGCGCAUGUGCCAUGAAGCUGCAACUAAUGCAGACCAGGCUGGCAUCAAUCAUUUCAUGAGGCACAAUGCAGACAGUAUCAUCAGUUCAUCACAAUUUGCAGAAAUUGAGCUGAGGAAAGCAGUGGGCAGAGUCCCAGUUGUAGGACCUAAACAAGUCUGUAAGAGUCCAAAUAAACAUUUGCUUGUCUAUACUCUCUGUGAGGAUUUAGAAAUGUAGAAAGCCAAUAUGAUUAUGUGAUUGUUGAUGAAGUCUGAUAAGGUGCA